UGCACCUGCAUUCAAAAAGCUCCGCCCACGCGUGAGGUGUUUUCAGACGAAACUCGACUGAUGUAAAGAGGAUGUUACUCAUGCCGGCCGGACUGGAUGAAACACUUCACAAACACUCAAACUGCAGCUUGUGUCAGCAUAUAUCGAUACCAGACAACAACAACAAUAGCGAGUGGACGGUUUACAUGCAGUGAUGGAGGUGAAAGGCUGCAGGUCAGAGGUGGAAGUGUUCAGGAGGCCGACGAUUGAGGCCGUGUCCAGAAGAGAUUCGGUGUCUGUGAAAUGUUCUCCAGCUUCGCAAAGUCUUCAGAUGUCAACGCCUCGAGCGAUCCCUCUGACUAUCAGAAACACUCACAGCAUCACGACUAAAAGGGAGUUUCGAGCUUCAUCCGCACCUUUGAUUCCCAAUCCGUUUCCAGAGCUCUGCAGUCCGACACACUCCCCGGUGCUGACCGGAUCUCUCAACGGGCGUGAUCCUCCCUCCAACAGCAGCACACACGUGCUUCGGGUUUUUGGGGACGCUACGCACAGUCGGUCGGUGUUGGUGACGUCUGGGACGACGGCGCACGACGUUUGUCAUAUGCUAGCGCAAAGUGCACACUGCACGGAUGAGGAAAGCUGGGCUCUCAUUGAACAUCAUUCUGCUUUAGGCCUGGAGCGCUGUCUUGAAGACCAUGAGCUUGUGGUGCAGGUACAGUCAUCCUGGCCUGUAGAGAGCGACACACAACUGUUUUUCCGCAAAAACUACGCCAAAUAUGAGUUCUUUAAAAAACCUGUGUUAUUUUUCCCGGAGCACAUGAUCUCUGACAGCGCUGAUGAUACUAAAGGCAUGACGUCAUCUGAGCUGGUGCAGAAUACGGUGAAGAGUGGCUCCUGUCCAGAGAUUCAAGGCUUUCUUCAUGUGAGAGAGGGCGGGAAAAAGUCCUGGAAGAAACUCUAUUUCCUUUUACGACGCUCUGGACUCUACUGCUCCAGCAAAGGACAAUCAAAGGAACCACGACACCUGCAGUUUGUCGGAGAUCUGGAAGAUCUGAAUGUGUUCACAGUGUUCAAUGGACGAAAACUUUAUGGGGCUCCAGGAGAGCAUGUCUUCUCUAUUAAGGCCUCAAAAGACAGGUUUCGCUGUCAGGAUUUGAAGCUGAUGUGUGCCGACAGCGAGCAGAGUCGUACGUGCUGGAUCACGGCCUUCAGAUUGUUUAAGCAUGGGAAACAGCUCCAGUGUAAUUACCAGCUCUCCCAAUCCAGCGCUAGACUUCACAAACCAUGCUCCAAGUACACAGACCGGGAGGAGUCGAUGGUGGCAAUGGAUUUUUCAGGGAAGAGCGGUGGGCGAGUGAUUCAGAAUCCACAUGAGGCCCAAAAUGCCGAGCAGGAGGAAGGACACAGCUGGCGGAAGAGAGAAGCAUUACGUCACAGUUUGCCCACCAACGGUCACGGCUCACAGCUCUCCGCGGUUCAUCGGGUGCAGCCGUGGUUCCAUGGGGGCGUGUCUAGAAAUGAAGCUCAAAGGCUAUUGGAGGAGCAGGGUCAGGUGGACGGGAUGUUUAUGAUUCGCGACAGCCGGCUGCACACGCAGUGCUUCGUACUAUCCUUAUGUUACAAGCUCAAGACGAAACACUACCUUAUCAUUCCCUUAGAGGAAGGAGAUAAACAAUACUACACGAUGGACGACGGCGUCACGCUGUUUACAGAUCUACUGCAGCUAGUGGAGUUUCACCAGAUCAACCGCGGCAUCUUACCCGUUUGUCUCAAACACCCCUGCACCUGCAUUGCACUCUAAACCUUCACCUUUGACCUUGAACUUUGACCUCUUCCCCAAAACUAGGACCUAAAUGACCCAGUCUCCGGAGCAUGAAAGUUUUCAUUUUAGUGUGGAUAGUCACGACAUCCACAGUUUUCCUGAUCCAAAAAAAGACUAUUUCUGUACAUAGUAAUUGUAUUUAUAUUUGAUAUACCUCUAGCACACGUAUAUAGGUUUUUAAUAUUGGUUAUCCAACCAAAAAUACUUGUUUACAGCUAUUUGCAUUCAUCAUCCUUCUAUCCGGGAAUAUUUCUAAACUGGAAUAUGGGAGUUUCCUGCAAUUCCUUUUUUUUUGACACUAGGUGGCGCACUGAUGCUUUGAAUUUUUUUCUUUCCAGGAAUUCUUAAUUUAUGCAAUAGUCAUGCAAGGAGAUAUUAAAACAUCUUUGAAGUUGCAGAAGGAGAUGAUUUCAAUGUAGCAGAUUUAUUAUUAUUAUUAUUAAUAUAUUAUUAUUUUGCUUAACACUGUGUUUAAUUUAUGGGUGAUUGAGGCUAGUUUAUGCUUGCUUGAUGCUAUAUAUGUAUAUUUUUUAUUCUAUUUUAUUGUUGAUUAGUACUUGUUCUGGUUAACAGUUGUACUUGUUUGUAUGUGUGUAGUUGAAUUCUGACCAAAACCUCAAAUUGAAGUUGUAAAUAAGUAAAUGGAGUGUUGUGUGUGUUGUUUUUCUGCUUUAAACUGUAUUUGGCUCUUAGCAGGAAUAUUUCUGGACUCUGGAGACGGACCCUUAGAUUGUGUGUGUGUGUGUUUUUCUGUAUGCUUCAGUUAACUUGACAUCAGCAGUACAUCAGUUGUCAGGUCUCCACCGUGUUGUUGCCAUGGAGAUUAUUCCUUUAAUAUUCAAGGGAGGUCAUCAGUCCAGCAGGAGUCUAUACUGUAGGCUCUAUAUGCUGUGACUCACUUUGAAUCUGAUUAUUGAAUGAAAUGAUAAUUUAUUGAGAUGUGGGUGAGGUGAUCACCUCGCCAAAGCUGUUGAUAAGUCAUGCAUUAAGCUUAUAUUAUAAGGGUAAAUAGAGUCAGUGAAGGGCGCUUCAUUCAUGCUGAAAAUAUUAAAUAUUAAUAUAUUGUGUGAACAUGAAUUGUAGAGUGUAAUGAGUAAUCUAUAUCAAAAAAGGAAGGAAGAUAUCAAUAUAAUUGGGUUGUGAGCAUGGAUUCCUUUUUAAUAU